AUGAAGUAUGCCGCUUCGUGUGACCAUCAGCUACGACUUGCUGGCCAACUGGCCACGAAUAAGAUUCGCCUCCUUAACAACGCCAUGGAGAAGCUCAAGAAGCCGAACGGACGCACCAUCUUUCUCGAGCACGGCCUGCUCCGUGUUCUGGCCCUUUGGCUAGCCCCGUCUCACGAUGGCGAUCUACCACUACUGCAGAUACGGCAGGAGAUACUGAACCUGCUAUAUUUCGAGUACAGCAGCAUUCGCUCGGCCCACCUGAAGGGCUCGGGUCUAGGGCAGCGAAUCUUCGAGUUGGCCAGAAACCAAGAAGAAACGUCAAAAAAUCGUAAACUGGCUAAGGCGCUCACAGCGAGGUGGGCACGCGAAGUGUUCAAGAUACCGACCGACUAUGCCGACAUUUCGUGCGCCGAACGCUCGCAGAUUGACCUCGAACGGGCGAUGCAAAGUGUCCAGCAGAGGCCGAUAGCCAAACCGAAGGAACCCGUGCGAAGUUUCUUACCCUUUGGUAUGGACGGUCAGCAAAAGAGUUCUCUCGCUGCUACGAAGGACAACUGUCUCAGGACACGUGUGCCGAUGGUAUCGAUGAAGGACUACGUUGUUAGACCCCGUUCGGAACGAGUCGCCGAAGACGCCAAUCGAACGAAAGAAACUUGGAACGAUAAGUUUGUUAAAAACUUUUUGAAACGUAAGAUGGCGAACCGCUCCGAACCGAACCGAAUGCUGAACAUAUCGAAUGCUUCAAACGCAUUUUAG